GAUGAUGAUGAUGAUGAUGAUGAUGAUGAUGAUGAUGAUGAUGAUGAUGAUGAUGAUGAUGAUGAUGAAGAUAAUCAAGAUAGCGAUGAUAGCAAUAUCAUCGGUGCAGAGUUCCAUUUCGACUUUCCCACAAUGGUUGCGUUAUUCUGUUUAACAACGGUUCUUGGUUUUGUAAUUGGACAUGGUGUUGGAAUAGCAACUAGUCUUCUGGUGGUAAAAAAUCCGGGUCUCAAAGUUCCCGGUGAAAUGAGUCCAAACUCACCGACCACGGCUCCAUCGGAUGAGGAGAAUGACCAAAACGAAAGCUCCGAACUCGAAGGAAAAAUUCAGAAGUGGAAAUCUCUGUACCGCAACGAGAAACCUCAGGAUGGAAUAGACGGUGUGAAACUUUCCGGAAAUUUACCGGGCUUAAAGGAAGCACACAAGCAUUUGUCUUUGGAAAACUACAAGCUGAAGAAGGCAUACAACGAUAUUCAGAAACAACUCGAUCUAAUGAAGGUUAUGUCGUGGUAUCGCAGAGCGCAGGUCGAUAAACUAAGGAAGGAUGACAAAAUGAACAUGAGCUACGUGGUAGGGAUGUUAAAGAAAGAGUUGCAGUACUUGGAGGCCGUGUAUUUCAGAGAGAAACGUCUUGCAGAUUUGUGGAGAAACGAGAACGUGGAAAAGAAAGCGGAAAUCGUACCGAAUACUUGGAAAUAUUUCAAAGAUCGCUGGAGUAACAGACACAGAGAGGGAGACGAGGGCUCUAAAGAAGAUGUCUGCAUGGAUAGACAGGAUUGUGGCAGUAAAACCAGUACAGCUGAGGAUACGGCGGGUGUUUCUCACAGCGAGGAAACAGUAGAGAGUAUAGAGAAAUCAGAUGUUCCAAGUAAAGAAAGUGACGAAAACGUCGGUCAAACUAGUUUAAAACGCACAGAAAUUGAAGAAAGCAUUCGAAGUGAAGAAUCAAGCGAUGAUGUAGAAUCACAGGAACCGAAAGCGAAGGGAGAUUUUGCGAGUGCUGACGACACUUCGUCCUCAAAUGCGGAAGAUAUGCAACGCUCUGAACCGGCAGUCCACGCUGGAAAUCAAAAUCUUGAAGAAAAUCUAUUUUGGCGACAUCUGCGUUUGGCGAAGACAGUCCAAGAAGAGGAUAUCCAGAAUGACAAAACAGAAGAAGAUGACCCGAUCGGAGUGUCCUCCGAGAUGAUAGCGAGUGGCGACGAUACAUUGCGAAUGGACGACGAAAUACCAAAUAAAGGAUCUGAAAAAACAACAAGCCCUUCGGGGGUUUUGGCAGAGCGAGAAUCGGACUGGUCGUCUCUGGAAGUCCUGGAACAGAAUGGGGAAUUGAUAAUUGCGCACGAAAACAAGGACAGCAUAGAACAUGUUCUCUACGGCUUCUUUUACGACGGGUUCCGAGAGAUUGAAUUAAGUCCAGGAGGUAUAUUUGUUAUGUCAUUAAAAACAGAAUGUCUCAAGGUAAACAGCGGCUUCGAGGUGUCAGUGAUAAACAAUUCGCCAAAACCGGUAAAUUUCUUUGCAUUAUUACCCAACGGGAAGAUCACACGUCGCACGAUAGAUGGACAACUUAGGGUGACUUUUGUCGAACUUGGUGGGGAAGGUGGUGAAAGCGAUGCAAAACCAUUGACCUACGAAGCAGUUGUGUUAGAGAAUGGUAAACUGGAAGUGCGGGAACAGAAUAAAGGCAAAUCUGGGGAAGGAAAUACUGAUGAAUUGGAUAAAGGCUCAAAAAUUGAGGAAAACUCUGGUGAUUGUAAAUCAGAUGAACUGAAGAAUAAAAAUGGUGAAUUUGAGGAUGAACGUUUAAGUAAUGAAAAUCAAUCAAGUGAGGAAAAUCUGCACGAAGGCGAAUAUGAUGUUGGGGAAUUUGAAGAUAAAUAUCAGGGUGAAGUAAAUGAUGAUAAAUCUGGCGAAUACAAAACAGAGAAUAUACAUGCAAAUGAGGAAGAGACACAGAAGGAAGACGUAAAGGUACUUCAACCACAGCAAGAGGUCCCUCUAUGGACUCUUGUUCCAGGUGAAAGUCACGUGUUCGAUCAACACACUAGAAAAAUUUACCGGCACACAGUAUCAGCACAUCAAUACCCGAUCAGCAAUUAUGAAACACUUCUCACUCAAUUUCGUAGAAACGAGGAACAGAUCUAUUACAGAUUUCCACGAGAUACGAUCGUUGAGAAGUUCGUCGUCAAAGUCCAGGUGGUCAAAACGAAAGAAGAUGGAUCCAUAAGUACAGUCGAGGAUGACGAGGGAUCAGUUGGGGACAUUGCUAAAGGCAAUGAACCAUUACCGUACGACGAAGAUGUCUCGGAUAUCGUUGAACAGCUUUUGAAAAACCCGUGGAAGGAAGGGCAUAGAUCACCCAUUUUGUUGACCUACGAUGAAAAAACUGCGGCUGUCACGUCAGUUUACGUCAGUCUUUCGAAAGUUCAUCCCGAUGACGUCAUCUCCCAUGAAGUAUUGAAGAAUGGAAAGUUGGAAACAUUCGGGGAGAACAGAAAAUUCACAUCGUACCGUCUCCAUGGAAACGAACUCUUGCGAAUAGUACGAGAGGAUGAAGUUAAUCACGCAUCCAUCGGGACUGCAGAAACACCAGAACAAACGAACAGCGAGGAACAACGAAAUCUUGAGAAUGCAGAGGAGGAUUCCGCGGAUUCCCAGAAGGAAGAUGGAAAUUCCGGUAACUUUCACAAGGAGGAUAAGAGUUCCGAGAAUGGGAUGUCCAGUCAAGCUAACAACGUAGAUGUACAAGAAUUGAGCUCAAAUUAUUUCAUCCAGAAUGAUAGUAUAGAGGCCACACCUUUGGAGGACAAAGAAGAAGAAGAGAGUCAGAAAUGCGUUCUAAAGUUAAACGAAAGAAAAGUCAACGAAUAUUGGGGCUUCACUCUUCCACGUGGAGUGACGUAUAUUCGCGAAACUGUUGAACGCGUGAUGCCAACGCCGAAAUACAAGGCAGACGAUUUAGCCAAACUGAAUGUGUCCACAGACGACAUCGAGGAAUCUGUGUCGUAUCUUUAUUGCGAGGAUGGCAGCGUUCAGAAGACGUGGUCAAGGAGUGAAAGGGCUUCACGGAGUGGCGCACGUGAGGAUUCUGAGAAUGUCGAAAGUCGUGAAGACUCCGAAAAUGUGAAAAGUGAAAAUGGUGGCAGACAGGAAUUACACGAGAACUGGACUGACGAUGAUGAGUACGAUUACCACGAUGACGAACAUGAUGAUAUCAGCGAUGACUAUGAUUAUCAUGAACAUCAUGAUGAUAUCAAUAAUGUUAACAGUGAUGAUAUUGAUCAUGAUGGCAAAGAUGAUGAUUAUCAUGGUGAUGAAGAUGAUGAUGACGACGAUGAUGAUGACGACGAUGAUGAUGACGAUGAAGAUGGUGAUGAAGAUGGUGAUGAAGAUGGUGAUGAAGAUGGUGAUGAAGAUGGUGAUGAAGAUAAUGACGAAGAUGAAGAUGAAGGUGGUGAUGGUGAUGAAGAUGAUUAUGAAGAUGAUGAUGAAGAUGAUGACCGCGACACUUAUAGUGAUAAUCCCAACGAUUAUCGUGACAACUAUGAUCCGGAUAAGGUAACCAAUAAUCACAAUGAAAAUGAGUAUGAAGCGAAUGACCAUGAUCAUGAUAGUCCCAAUAAUCAGGACAGUGAUGGUAACGGUGACCGCGAUCAUGUUAGUGACAAAUUAAAUCCUGAACUUGAGCAACACAUCAAAGAAAAGACCAACGAAGAAUCAAAGUUAUCCAAAACCAAUGAAAACUCAAAUGAUUCAGAAGGCAAAUUGGAAAACGAGAAAUUGAAUUACGGCAUGUUCAUAUCACGAGAAUGGCAAAAUUUGAAGCUGCAACAACAACAAUUUGAAUACAGGAAAAAACAGCACCAGCUGAUGCAAAAACAGAUGAUGGAGGAAUGGAGUAGAAUGAAGGAGCAGUACAGAGAAUUUAAAAAACAUUUCAAGCAAAGCCAAAGAUCUGAAAGCGAAAUGGAAAUCGGUGGAUUAUGGAAUGACAUGAAGCAUCAGCAGACACAGUUCGAUGAUUUGAAGAAACACUUUGAGGAGGAAUUGAGAAAAAGUUUGCAAGAGGAAUUUGAGAAAUUGAAGAAAACACAAGCAGAGAUUGAGAUAAGAGAACGGGAAUCAAAGGAAGAUAACGGACUUCAGCCAGAAACAGUUGAUAAAGGAGAGGAUAUUUAUGAACAAUCGGGAACAAAUUGGGAAUCGGAACGUUAUGAAAAGGAUACCUUGAUCUCGGAAAAAGAAACCGCUCAAGACGAUCUUCGCCCUGAGGGGGAAGAUGAAGUAAAAACCGCAGCGUUGCAAAGUCCGGUUACUCAAGUUUAUCUUGGCCAAGAAGUCGAUGAAGGUUUUGUUGAAAGAAUUGAAAGUGAUGCCUGGGAGAUGCGUGAUUCAUAUGCAUAUCUUCAGAAUAUGGAAGAGAAUCUUCCACACGAAUUGCCAUACAUCCCUAAUACAGAAGAAAUUAAUGUUGAUAAAAAAUUGAGCGAAGAUUGGGAAUUGGGGUCGAUGACCUCAAACAAUGAUGAAGGAAAACAUAUUCAUGAAGAGAAUCCUCCAGAAGAACUACCCAGCCCUACGAGUCAUCUUGAUACACCUGGAGUAGAUGAUGGUGUUUUUAAGAUCCACGAAAUGCAGGAAAAGUUUAACGAAGAGAACGGUCUUGAUUUUCAACUGAUGACCGGAAAUGAUGGUGAGGCUGAAGAUGGAAACCAUGAUAGCCGUGACGGAGCUGGAGAUGCUGGCAGUGUUUUCAAUACUGUUGCAAGACAAAAUAUGGAUGAUGGCAUCCCCGAGGACUUGCUUGACCCUGUAAACAGUGACAAGACAUUGCCAAAGGAAGUCGAUGAGCCUGUUCUGGAAGCAAGAGAGAGUGAGCAACCAAAUUUUGACUCGAAAGACGUCUCAUCUCCCUCGGAAUGGGAGCUGCAAAUUCAAAAACUUCGUGAAGAGUUGGAUAGGUUAUACAAAGCAAAAACAUCCAGAAGAAACGAGCUGCAGUUAGUGAAAUCAGAGAUCGCAACAACCCAGGAGUUAUACACAACACCACAACCGAAAUGCUCACCAAAAUGUCCCCAAACCUCAAACCUUUCAGAAUGUCCACCCAAAUGCCCUGUAGCCACGGACGAUUCGACACAGAAUCACAGCCCAGGUUACAGCAAUGUUUUCCCGCCGAACCGUCAACCUUUGAAAAAACUAAAACUACGACCGUCUCCGAAGAGACCCGAGGAAGAAACGAAGGAAUCGUACGCGAAGAGGAAUGUUAAUGUUAAACCACCGUCAGAGAUGAAGACCAAUGACCAGAAUGAAAAUAAUGGUAAAAACCAAGCUUUUAGGGAUUUCAUCGAGGGUCAUUCGUAUCUCCAGCAACUCAAGCCUGUAGAAUAUGAUGAGAAAUUGCGUGGAGAGAGCCACAGCCUUUUGGCACCAGACGACAAAGUGGAUGAGGGAAAAAGGUAUAAAAGAAAAUACAAAAUGAAAAAAAAAGACAACGGAAAACUCACUGAAAAGUCGAAGAAGAAAAGAAAACAGGAGAGAUAUCUGAAGAAGAAAGUGUCAAAUGAUGGAUUGGGUGGAUCGGGUAAACACCAAAAGAAUAAACGAAAAGUAAAAAACGCGUUCCCACUCAGUCCAAAAUCAAAAAAGACCUCAGAAAAGAAACGGAAAUCGAAGAGUAAGAAAUACCAUUAGAAAUCUUGCAAUGUCAGCCUACAUUUUUUUAUUUUAUUUGGAUAUUCAAAAACACAAAAAAUAUACAUUAAGAAUUUUAAUUUAAAAUAAUCUUAGGGGAGAUAUUGUUGCGGGUUAGGGGAAUGUAUAUAGUGCGUAGUGCGCAUGCUCGAGCUUACCGAGAACGCUUCUUUAAAAAUAUUGCAAUUCAAAAUUUUGAGUUACUUUGAACUAGAAUUUCUGUAAUUUACGAUUUUUUUUAGGUACACAUACACAAUUGCACAAAUUUUCUUACGGACACAUUUCCAAAACUUGUAAAUACAUAUAUAUUCACUAAUUACAAAUAAUUAAACAUAUAA